CUUUAGCUGACCAGAGUGCUUAACAUGCAUCAUCAUUUUCACAGUGUUUUCAAAGGGGAGUUUGCACAUUGCUUGUUGUGAAAUCUCUAUCAGCUGGUGGGCGCUCCUCUAGGAGCCAAACAGGUUGGUUACCUUUUGGAUUUGGGGAUAGAAAUCAAAGUAGAGCACAUCAGUAAGAGCCUCUGUCCUCUUCCAUCUUUUUGAACCAAAAUACUCAGUGGUUGAUGAGCUGUCCUUGAGUCAGUUGCAAUAUGUCUAUAUUUUUAGAUGCCACUACUUUUUCCUCAAAUGCUUGUUUUGUGAAUUUCAUUUCAUAUUUCAUCUCAGACCAGUGGUUGAGAUUAGUAGGUGGCUCACUGACAUAUUUUCAUUUGCAGACAUUCCAUUCCAAAUCUGUGUGCUAUGCACUGCAAUAGUGUGCCAACUGUGAUACAAAGGGUUCUGGCAGCAGCUCCUCAUAAUUAUUUAUGCUUUUGGAAUUUUUUUCAGCUCCUGAAAUCUGUCCAUUUCAGUGUGAUUUUCUCAAUUUGUACAAUAUAAGCGUAUUACCUUCUUCCCUUUUUCAUCCCCCUCCUUUUGUUUUCUAAUGUUCUGUAGUUUUGUACAAGACGAGACUUAGCCUUGGGUACUUCUUGCUGAAGCUUUAAUGCUUUGUAAAUAAAAUUGGAUGUUUAUUAAAGAACAGGUGUAGAUGCAUGUUGUAGGCACUCACCACUUCUGAAACUCACCUGCCCCUUUGCUUUAUGACGGAAAAGGAUCUUUCUUUGUGAAAAUACAGAGCUGGGAGGGGGAGGGAUGCUCAGGUAACCAGGUUUCUGCCUCUGGACAAGAUUAUAAAUAAACCAUUCAAACAAAAGGUGUGAAAAAGAUCAUCUAGGAAUGAUCUCUUCAUAUUUUUAAAUUCAGUAUAAGUGUGUGUACCGACUCAGUAGAGGCCAGCGUUUGUUUCAAUUGUCCCAUAACCAGAACACCACCAGUGCUAGGAGGUGUUCUGUAGGUUAUAGAAACGCAUGCGAGGAGCUUCCUUCCAAGGAGCGCAGCACGCAUGAGCACAGUUCGGGUCCCCUUUACUGGCCCCUUCCCCCUACAUUAAAUAGCUUCAGAACCCACUGAAUACGAGUCAUCUCUUAAACAAGAUGUUUCAUAAAGGCUAGUUAAGUGUUUGAUUGUAAUCAUCACAUCUGAGUGCUUGCCUACUAAUCUUUUCUAUUAUGUGACAGAAUCCGCCUUUGACAUCAUAGCUGUUUCAUAGCAACGCCGGCCCAAGUGAAAGAUGAGCUGCUCUAGCCUCCAGAAUGAAGGGCACAGGCCUAGAGUCAUGCGUCCUCUCCUCCAGAAAAUACCUUCGGUGCCCUUGGGAAGGAAAAGUGCCUGGGAGGUGGAGAGGAGCUGCCUUUAAUCUCGGUACCUUGCUGGGAACAGUUGAUUUUAAAAGAGCUCUUGGCCCUUGUCUUCAUGAAUGUCCAUUUCUAUGUAAAAUUCCUUACACAGGAACAGUGUCUCUCACUUUACUAAGUAUUUUCGUGUACACUUUUUCAUGUGAUGCUCAAAAUGACCUUCCUGAAAUAGACAUGAAGGUUUUAACUUACAAAGCAGAAAUCAGACAGCGGUUCAGGAAGGAUAAGUCACUUCCCUUCUAGUCCAGAGUUCUUAAUCCUUUUUAUAGAAGGUUUAGGAGCACUGAGAGUUGGUAACUUAAUUCAAGUUAGUCCUCUCUUUUAAGACUUGAUUUCUUAUUUGGUCAGAUUUAACUGGGGUUUUGAAACCCUUUAAAUUAGAUCCACAAUUUGGCGGGGAGGGGAAAGAGUGAGGGAAACUCACUCUUUGAAGUCAUGUAGUUGAGGUGGUUUGGAAAUUCACUUCAGCCUCUGAGAUCUUUGUCUUCCCAAGAGGUGGAUUUAAAGUCAUUGAAAGAAUGGAAAGAAGGGAUUGGUAAGGGUGUCACUAACAAGCAGAGGUGGUACAGCAGCAACAUUGUGACUCCUGCCUGUGGCCUCACCUGUUAAUAAGGACUGGACUUUGGCUUAUGAAGUGGCAAUGUUUUAUUGACAAUGCAUGCAUCCUAUCUUCCAACUUUGAAGGAUAUCUCAUGUCGAAGGAAUUGAGUUAAUGAUAUCAUAGAGGAUUCAACUGGAACACCUGGAGGUGCUGUCCGAGGGCGGUGACAUGUCUACUGAGACAUGAUGAUGUUGGCCACGAGUUUUAUCCUUGGAAGCCUGGUGUUGGCCUUCUGUCCGCCUUUUGUCAUGACUUUGCCUAAAACACUGGCCAUCCCUGAGAAGCUGCAAGAAGCUGUGGGGAAAGUCAUUGUCAACGCCACCACCUGUACAGUCACCUGUGGCCUUGGCUAUAAGGAGGAGACCGUCUGUGAGGUGGGCCCUGAUGGAGUGAGAAGGAAGUGUAAAUCUCAGCGCUUGGAAUGUCUGACCAACUGGGUCUGUGGGAUGCUCCAUUUCACCGUUCUCGCAGGCAAGAAAUUUGAGCUGAGCUGUCUGAGUUCAGACAUCCUGGAGAUCGGGCAGGAAGCGUUCCAGUUCACCUGGAGACUUGCUCGGGGUAUCAUCUCCACUGAUGAUGAAGUCUUCAAGCCCUUCCGAGCCAGUUCCCACUUUGUGAAGUUUAGAUCUAUUCACGAGGAGGACUCUGGGACCUACCGGUGUGAUGUGCAGCUGUUAAAAAACUUGAAACUUAUCAAGAGGCUCUAUUUUGGGGUGAGGGUCCUUCCUCCUCAGUUGGUGAAGCUGAAUUUUCAGCAGUCACUCACCGAGGAUCAGAAGUUAGUAGAUGAGGGCCUGGAAGUGGAUCUGGGUAACUAUUCCAGGCCUCCCCGUCCACCAUGGAGAAAGAAGGUGGCUAUAGCCUUGGGAAUAGGAAUUGCUAGUGGAGUGAUUGCCAGUGUGUCGUUGGGCAUUGCCUUGUGCAGUGGGCAGAGGGUGGGCCAUAGCAAUGCCAACCUUUAGACCUAAUAGGCCUUGCUCCUGAAGGGCUGGCUGCCCAGGAAGUGGGACUUGACUGCUCAGGAAGCCAAGCUAGAUUUUCAGGGGAGCGUUCUGGCUGCCUGAUUUUGGACCAGCCAGAGGGAGGGCUUCCAGAGCCAAAAGAGUGAGUGGGGAUGUGGAGAAGGGACAGCAUCCUGGUAGCAAUGGGCAGUAUCUCAACUGUGUCCCAGAUGGACCUCUUCUUGAACUUCCCUGCCCACUAGGUACCCAGAUAACCUUACUGCACGCAUCCCCCUUCUGCUGGGAACAGUUCUGUCUUCCAAACUUGCAUUUAUUUUCUACCCUUCACAUCUUGAAUGCCUCCCCACCACCUCCUCCCUUCUGAGCAGCAUAAUCACAUAGAAGGGUAUAUUAGUAAUAGCUUUUCUAGUGGAAACACUUUUUUCCUCAAUAAAAAUAAUGGACAGUAGCUGAAUGGAGAUACAUCUUUCCUAC